AUUAUGUGCCUCUGUAAUCCUUUACACCACCGCCCACGGGAUAGGUAUGGGGUGCAUAAUAAAGAAAGAAAUUGAAUUGAUGACCACCAAGCACCUUUACGUGUAAUUUUGUCACCCCCUGCAGGUGUAGAUGUGAGGAUGGAGGUGAAUGAAGAGAGUUUACACUUCUACUGCCCACCCACCCUCGACUAAUACGGCACUUCACCUCAUCUUACAUGGAAGCCAACCAGAAGCUUCGUCAGCAUCAUUGUCUUGGCUGACCAAUGAGAGCUGUCCUCCAGAAGCUGGUCAGCAGAUAGCGCCAACACAGCCCCAGAGUGAUGUGUCAGAAGAAGCAGAAAACUCCAAAGAAAGUGGUGAAGCUUCAGAGUCUCCACCACCAGAAGAAGCCAAACCACCACCUCCAAAAAAGAAGAAAAAGAAAAAAAGGAAGAAACACAAAUCUCACAAAAAUGACUCCAAUGUUGAAGAAUCUAGUGAUGAGGUAAACAGGCCGAGAAAGAAACACAAAGACAAAAAACUUCGAAAUACCGUUACCAAUAAACGUUCAUCUGAGUCUCGAACAAGGUCUACUUCUCCACAGCGAACCAUAGAUAAAAGAGCAAGAUUGAGGUCACAUUCCAGAUCAGGAUCACGGGCAGGAUAUAUAGAGCCCAGAAAAAUGAAUUCUCGAAAUAGAUCAAAAUCACGAACUAAAAGAUCAAAGUCAAGAUCCAAAAGGUCCAGGUCAUGGUCAAGAAAGAGAAGGUCUAUAUCAGGGCCAAGAAGCAGAAGGUCUGAUUCGUGGUCAAGAAAUAGAAGGUCCGUAUCAGGCCCAAGAAGCAGAAGAUCCCGGUCAUGGUCGAGAAAUAGAAGGCCGAAGUCAAGGUCAAGAAGCAGAAGAUCCAGGUCAUGGUCGAGAAAUAGAAGGUCUAAGUCAGGGUCAAGAAGCAAAAGAUCCAGGUCAUGGUCAAGAAAUAGAAAGUCCAAAUCAAGGUCAAGAAGCAGAAGGUCCAAGUCUCGGUCAAGAAGCAGAAGGUCCAAGUCAAGGUCAAGAAGCAGAAGAUCAAGAUUGAGAAGGUCUAGAUCAGGAUCGAGAAAAUCUAGUUCCAGGUCAAGAUCAAGAAUAAAAAGAUUUAGUCCAAGGUCAAAAUUGAGAAGAUCCAGGUCAGGCUCAAAGAAAAGAAGAGGCAAUAGACUGCCACAGUCACGUUUUAGAAAAAGUAGAUCAAGAUCUUAUUCACCAUAUGUAUCAAAGAGACGAUGGAAAUCGAAGUCACGAUCACGGUCGAGAGAACACGUAAGACGUAAGAAUAAGGAUAAGAAACCCAAAGAAAGUGAAGAGAAUUACUUUCAGUCAGAAAAGAUAGUAUCAAAUAGCAAGAGCAUCUUCCUUGAGGGUCUUCGUGGAUUGGUAAAACCUGAAGAAGCCUUCUUUAUCAGCCAAGAUGGUGACAGAAACAAUACUUUAUUUCCAACGACGCAUUACUCUCAGUUGGCAAGUUACAAGCUCAGGAUCAAAGGAGCUCUUGGAAGUAGUUCUUCAAAGAAAGAAACUGUCAAGUCUAAAAACAAGACACUUAGAUACUUCAAGAGAAUUGCUCUGAGAAUGCUGUACUCUGAUGCAGAAAACAUUAUACUGCUGCCCAAGGAGAGCACUGAAGCCAAAGAAAAGGAACAUGGUUAUAUUCCAUUAGGACUAACAUAUGCAGAGGAAGCCAAGCUGAAGAAUGCUGGCCAGCAGUCAGAAGUUAAUCCAUUGGGAAUAUAUGAUAGUGCAACCGAGCAUUAUUUAUUGGGGAUAGGAACAGGCAAACAAGAGGAAAGUCAGAGCAGCCACAAAAUUGAAUAUGAGUACUGGCACAAGAAGGCUAAGUUAUACAAUGAGAGGCUUGGUAAAGAACCAAGUAAUAUUCCUUUGUGGUUAGAAUUUGUUAGAUUUCAAGAUGAUGCAUAUAUUUAUCUAUUUCAGGGUACAGAUUCCAAUAAUAAAGAUAGCAAAAAGAAGCACAAGAGAAAUCUGAAAGCUUUAGCCGAGAGAAAGAUUUCUAUAUUAGAUAGUGCCAUAAAGAAGAACUUUAGGUCUGUAGAGUUGCAAUUUCAGCGUCUAGAAAUUGGAAAAGACAUUUGGGACGACAAAAAACUCAAACAGGAAUGGGGUACACUGAUUUUCAACUUCCCCAAUAAAAUAAAAGUAUGGCAUCAAUAUCUAAUAUUUAUGAAGACUCACUUCACCUCCUUUAAUUUGUCAGCAGUUGUUCAAACAUUUGCCAAGUGCACUGAAAGAUUACAGCAAAUGCACAGUGGUGUGUUCCUGACUCAUUCGCCGCCACCUGAUCUUGGCAAGUGCUUAGUAGACAUAGCCGUUCAACUUGCACAUGUUUGGCGACAAGGUGGUUACAUGGAAAGAUCAAUUGCUCUGUGCCAGGCCCUUGUUGAGUUAAAUCUUUAUAGCCCAAAGUAUUUGUGUACCAAAGACACUCCAGUCGAAGCAAAAAUUGCAGUUUUUGAGGCUUUCUGGGAUUCACGAGCACCAAGAUUUGGUGAAGAGAAAGCUAUUGGAUGGGGUCAGGUCAUGGAAAGGAAGCAGAAAGUGGAAUUUCCAGAAGUUAUAUUAAGUGGAACACAAGACGAAGAAGAUGACAUCAUAGCCCAAGGAGGGACAACGUCACGGUUGUGGUUAGCCCUCGAGACAUCACGAGAAAGACAUCAUUGGAUGCCUUGGGAGCAGGAUCCAGAGGACUGUGAAGACCCAGAGAGGAUGGUUCCUUUUGAAGAACUCUCACCACAUCUCUUUAUUUUGGACACUGUUGAGGAGCGUUUUUAUCUUAUUCUUCAGUUUCUUAAAUUUUUUGGUGUACCUGAUACUAAAAGUGUCCUGUUACAUAGGUCAACAGUAAACAAAGGUCAAAAGAUUAAUAAGAAUGAAAGAAAAAGUGCAAGCAGUAGUGAUAAUGCUUUUGAGCCACAAAUUAUUGAAACUUUGUAUGAUAUAGAUUUGUUUGGCCUGCAUUUUCAGUUCAGAAAAGCAGAUAAAAAUUGUGAGAUUCUGAAUUUUGAUACUGUUGGGCCAUCUUUAUUAAACACUUCGUGUGAGAAGUAUUACGAAUUUUUGUGCCGGCUGCUUCAGCAGGCAUCGGAUGUAUUUGAACAAUCGUAUAGAAAUAAAUUAACGGUUUUGUACAUAAAGUUCUUGAGUGAACAAUAUUUAAUUAAAAAGAAAAAUAAUUAUGAUAAAGCAAUGCUUAAAAAUUUUGGUAGAGAAUUAAAGAAGCAUAUAAAAAAUACUUUAAAAUUGGAGGAAUUUAGAAUGUACCUACCGGUGUACCAAGAAUAUGGCAAAGUAGAAGAAAAUAUGGGACAUUUUGAUGAAGCUGAGAAUGUGUAUGCAACAGCUUUGACCAUUGGAACGGUCACAGGAAAUGCACUGGAUGUUGCUAAUUUAGAUUUAUCUGCUGUUAUGGACCUUUAUAGUUCCUAUAUUCAUCUUGAAAUGGAUAGAGAGGCAAAACUGUGCAAUGGUAAGCACAGUAAUAAUGUUAUGUAUUCACUCUGUUCAAUUGUCAUUGAUGGGAAAUUUUCUGUUGCCAAUGGAUCUCCUGCACCAGGAGGAAAUGUCCUCAAAACUAAAAAAAAGCUAAAUGAACUACUAGAUUUGUAUAGUAAUUCAAUUACAUUUAAUUCUGACAAUAGUGCUACAAAAGACAAUGAAAAAUUACUGGCAGGCAAACUAGUGAUGUUCCUUGCCAUUUUGGAGUUACUCACUGUUGGCUUUCAAUCUGCUUGUUUAAUUUUUGAAGACAUCUUUGACAAAAUCAAUGGCAUUUGUAAAGGUCCAGUUCCUCAUAAGUUGGAGGAUAUUUUGUUGCCUUCAGAAUGUGUUGUCAAGACUCCAGACUUACAAGAGAAAAGCAAAAACAAUGUAGCUGAUAAAUUAACAAUUUUGGAGAGUUUAUAUGAAGACUAUGUGUGGUUAAUUGAAGUAUCAUCUCAGCUGGAGCAUCUUGUAAGUGACAGCAGAAUGUCACCAGUGUCCCUGAGGAAAGUUCUCACAGCAGCUGUCAAAGUGGCUCCAGAAAACCAAAGAUUUCUCCUACUCCUUGCUCAGAACCAAAGUUGGCGUGAUCUUCUUGGGGGCUUGGAGAUGCACUCUCAGAGAAGUUCGUCUAUUGUGGUGUUGGUGUCUCAGAUCUUGCCACACAUCCAGAGAACCAUCACACUCAUUGCUAACACAGAUGAAGGUUCUCUGAGCUGUGGUCACCGCUUGGAGAGUGUGCUGGAAAAAGGAAUAAGUCAACCUCCUGGUAACCACUGUCCUCUUCUCUGGAGAUUGUACUUGGCUCUAGUUGCUGCUACACGACCGAAGAAACUAAAAGACUUAAUAUACAGGGCACUCUCUCACUGCCCUGGUAUCAAGAGCGUAUACUUGGACUGUGUGCGUCUUAUGCCAGAGAUGCUGAGGGAGAUAGCUAAUCUGCUGGGAGAAAAGGGAAUGAGGGUGAGAUUGCCUCUAGAGGAGUUGAAAGUCCUCACUGAAGCAGAAUUAGACCUUGAAGGUGAAACGGAAGUGAAUGCAUUAUCCAGUGAUGAGGAAGAAGAUCAUGAGGCCAAAGAUUAACAGCAUCAUUAAGACUCUUUCCAGAUAAUUUAGUUGUGUAAUUCUAAAUAUGAAUAUGGGAUGAAUGAAAUAAUGUCAGUGUUGCAUCCUUUGUGUAUUGCACCUUGUUUCCUUCAGUGUUGGCUAUUCCUAACAGCUUUCCCAAAACAUUGCCACUUUUACUGUCUUGCCAUUCUUUCACCCUCUACUAUUUUCUUCCAAAAUUCUCUAAUUUUUUCCAUGUCAAGCCUUCACUAUUAUUCCAAUUCUUAUUGGCCCUCAUUUAUUUUGCACUACAAUUUAUUCUCACCCUCAUGUUUAACUCAAACUUUUUUCUUUUUGGGUUCACAUACCAAAAACUAAAACAUGACACAUUUGAUUUUCACACACCAAAACACUUAAUUUUGUAUCAUACAGAGUUGAUACAACAUUUUAACAGAAUUACCAUGUCCUUGAAAACUGUAAAACUAUUUUCACAUCAGGGAGAAAUAAUAUAUGUGCCUUUAGGAAUACAUGCAAUUAUUAUUUUCCUGGCAAUAUAAAAACCAAUGUUUGUUGACAACCCAUCUACAGCACAUAUAUCUAUUUUUUCUAGUACAUCUUCAGUAAUAAUUUUGCUCCAAAUGAAAAUUUAAUUAUUUUAAUAUUUUGUGUGCUAUUAAAAACAUCAUGAUUAGGAUACAAGAAAUAUUUUUUUUAUUUUGUCAAAGGCAUGAAUAAGUUUAUAGACAAUAACUAUGCUCCUAUAAAAUAAAAGUACAAGGUAUUGUAACAUUUUAUAUAUAUGCUAUUAAAAUGUAAUGGUUUCUAGGAUACAAGAAAAUUGUAUUGAAUAUCCAAAGAAUGAAUUAACUUUACAGAAAACAACAAAAUAUAAAAAUUGCUACAAGAUGUACCAGUGUACUGUCUGGUUAAGUGUUAAACAAGCAGUCAUCCAAAAAUGACAGUCCUGUAGCCACUAUGCAAGUACAAUGCAUGGACUAUUGCACCCAAAUACAGUAUUUUUUUGUAUUAUUAAUUUUGCAGAGAGCCUACAAAAGAAGGCAACCUAAUAUUACCUAGGCCUAGUAUAGUACUAUAUAAGACCUAGAACACAUUAGGUAUAUGAUUAAUGUUUUUUGUUAUGCCCUUCAGAAUUCAAAUGCAAAAUGUGAACUUUUUGGGUACAUCAUCAUAUUUUGUACAUUGAACAUAUAGGUGUGCAAUUGAUGGAAUCAAUUUUAAAGGAUGAGUUUUGAAACAAUGACAGUACAGAGAUUAAAAAUAGUGUUAUUGCAUUUGGAACUGACAAAGCACCAAGAAUAAAUAAUAUGGAAGAACGGGUAACUUGUGUAUCAAAGGAGAUCAACUCUAGCUGCUCUACUGGACAUGUUAAGAUAUAAUUAUAAAUACUGUAUAUAGGGUUUUACAAAAUUGCAAACAUAUGCCACAAUUAGAAGACAUUGAUUUUAUAACCCAGUUUUCUUAAGAGCAAAGACUUUAAUUCAGAAUUUCUAUACAGAACAUUAAAUUAUUUAAGAAUUUGCAAACAUUGCCUGUUUAACAUUUAUAGAGGAUAAAGCUGGGUAAAGGGUAGAAGGAAUUUUUAUGCUAAUAGCAGCAUGGUAAGUAUAAGUAUUCUUGGUGCAAGCAAGGCCUAGUACCAUGCACCAUAUCUACCUGCAGGUCUUUGGCAAGUAUUGCCUACCUACCACCUGUUGCAGUGCAUCAAAUCACAAAUGUAAUACUGUAGUGUGUGCAAGAAAAUAAAAUGAAAAGCAUAGGAAUCAGAAAUACAUUCACACCAUUUCACUAGCUAUCAUACUCCAAAACUUUUUAAAACAGCAAAUCAGCAAUAACCAUGUAUAUAUUAGCAUGUAAAAUGCGUGGUAUGUGCAAUUGUAAGAUUUAUUUAUUCAUAUCAAUAUGAGCCUAAAACAUGUUCAUAUAGCAAUAUGCAUACAUCUGUAUGUACAUUUUACAUUAUAUGUUAUAUUGGAAUGUCA